CACACGUGCCGCAGGUGGCAUGACAACCCCGUCGCAAGUGGUACCCGUGCCGCAGUUGGCAUGACAACCCCGUCGCAAGUGGUACGCGUGCCGCAGUUGGCAUGACCACCCCGUCGUAAGUGGUACGCGUGUCGCAGGUGGCAUGACCAGCCCGUCGCAAGUGGUACGCGUGUCGCAGGUGGCAUGACAACCCCGUCGUAAGUGGUACGCGUGCCGCAGGUGGCAUGAACAGCCCGUCGCAAGUGGUACGCGUGCUGCAGGUGGCAUGACCAGCCCAUCGCUAGUGGUACACGUGCCGCAGGUGGCAUGACCAGCCCGUCGCAAGUGGUACACGUGCCGCAGGUGGCAUGAGCACCCCGCCGGAAGAGGCACGAACACCGCCAGCAUGAGUGAGCGUGGUAGAUGCCCCGCAGGGUAUGAUGCCAAGGUCUCUGCCCCUGUCAGGACCCGUGUCAGGGUGUGUAGUGUGAGGGUGUCCCAAGUGUGUAGGUGUCAGUAGUGCCAGUGUGUGACUAUAGUGUGUUAACCGGUGUCUCAUGUGUUCGCGGGUUUAUUAGUGUUGCGGUCACUGGUGUGUGGAGGUGCUACGUGUGUGUAGGUGCCACUGGUGUGUAGGUGCCACUGGUGUGGAGGUGCCACUGGUGUGUAGGUGCCACUGGUGUGGAGGUGCCACUGGUGUGCCAAUAUAGUGUGAGGAAGUCAAUGAUGUGCUCAGCCUUAGUGGCGAGGGGUCACUAGUGUGCUAACCCCCACAGGUGCACCAUGGGUGAUAGCAGCACAGAGCUGGUCGCCGCCUCCCCUCCCUCCUCACCCCCUCCGCCGCCCUCCGCGCCAACCACAACAGGCAGAUUGCGCCGCGGCCCGGCCAGGUUCGCGGCGCUACUGAGGGCCCGUCGGGAGAAGCUACUCCGCCAGGAGGCCCUCAAGAGUGACCGACGAGCGCUCUCAGUCUCCGACUCAGAGUCCCUCGGAGGAUCGGUGAAGUGCCGGUGUGGCACUCAUAAGGGAAUCUCGAGGAAUAACUCGACUCAGAGUGAACAGUCCGCCGCUACGGUGCACACCGUCGUCUCCUCCUCCAGCACUUCCACCAAAGGUGUGGCUGAAGAUGGAGUGAGGCACACAUCUAUGACGCUUCAAGAUGGCGGUGGGCAGGAGAAGCGUUCGAGGUACGAGGACCUGGGCGACGACAACGUGAUUGACGGCCUCCAGGUCAUCGCGGAGAGGGAGAUGAACUCCUUCCAGAAGCACAUGCCAGGUCUCAAGCGUCAUGAUGUGAAGACCUCGACCAUCCGUCAACACUACUACCCGGAAGGCGGCUGGGGAUGGCUGAUCUGUGCCUGUGUGUUCGUGGUUCACGUUCUGACCACUGGUCUUCAGUUCUCGUACGGCGUGUUGUACACGGACCUGCUAAAACACCUCGGCGAGGACCGCGCCAUGGAUGCCAGUUGGGUGGGGUCGACCAGUCUGGCAGUGUCAAGGGUGUCAGCGCCUCUGGUGGUGGCACUGUGUAGACGGAAGAGUACCAGGCUCACUGCUGUCAUUGGUGGACUGGUCAUGGCACUGGCCAUCCUCUUCGCCUCCUUCGCCUUGCAGCUUCAUCAGAUCUUCCUCAGCUACGGCCUGGCGCUGGGAGUGGGCGUGGGUAUGACGAGAGAGACAGCCAACCUCAUGCUGGGACAGUACUUCAAGCGUCGGAGAGAGUUCGUGGAGAUCAUUGCCCAGUCCGGGUGUGGGAUAGGCAUCACUCUCUUCUCCGUCUUCUUCAAGGAGGCCAUCAGGUCAGUAGGCUGGAGACUAGGCCUACAGGCCGUGACUGGCGUGGUCUUCACUACCUUCUUCCUGGGCAUCUUCUACCGCUCAGCCUCCCUCUACCACCCACAGCGGAGAGCAAUCUUGCAUCUUAAGAACCAGAAGAGAAAGCAGGUGAAGGACAAGCACAAGGUUGACUCUGACAAGCCGCCGUACUUCGACCUCAGCUGCCUCAAGCUGCGCUCUGUACAGGUGCUGCUGAUGACAGCGGCCGUCACCUCUGUUGGCCUCUAUGCUCCGCUCUUCUACCUCAUCCUCGGGGCGCAGCAGGAGGGCCUGGAGGACUCUGCCCUCAUCCUGCUCCAGACCUUCCUGGGCUUCGCCUACGCCCUCGGAUGCAUUGGCUUCGGUCUCAUUGUCGUCAAACAGAGCGCCCAGUGCAUGAUCUCCCGCCAGUACCUGUGUCAGGCCUCCAUAUAUGGUCUGGGGGUGACGAUGCUGGCGCUGACGGCGGUGAGGGGCUACUACGGGUACGUGCUCUUCAUGUGGCUCUACGGCAUGUUCCUGGGCGGCGCCCACUACUCCUUCCAGAUGUUGACGUUGGAGAAGGUGCGGGCCAGACACUUCUCCCGCGCCUGGGGCUUCAUCCAGGGCGGCACUGCUCUCCCCAUCCUCCUGGGCAUCCCUAUCACGGGUUACAUCAACGACAGCACGCCCAAGACUGGCUACUUCUUCGCCAGCUUCUUCCUGUUGUCCGGAGCGUCGUGCCUCUUCCUCCUCAACUACUUCAAGGAGCGCCUGGCCAAACACGACACCACCGUCUCCUUCACCACUGUGGACGCCCACCUGGCCCACGACCCGUACGCCGUGCCGCUGGAGAACGGGGGUGGCGGUGGCAGUGGCGGCGUCAGUGUAGGUGGCUGUACCCCGAAGACCACAGCCACGCCGCAGAUAGCCAGUGGCGGCAGUGGUGGUGGUGGUGGUCCGGUGUGUACAUGUGGCGCGGACCCUACCUCCGCUCCGGCUCCCAUCAGCGCCCAGAUGUACGACGCCAGUAAGGGCCAAGUCUUCGGCAAACUGGGCAAGACCAUUUCCUUCGCGAGUUCGGUAGAUGUGAUGGAGGCGCGCCUCAAGCCCGAACUCCUCACCUGCAUAUCCGAAGAAGGAUUAUUGGACAAUUACUACGACUAUGUGGGCCAGUGCGGCUCUUCGUGUAAAUACGACAAUGUGUUUUUCAAUGACUGUCAGGAGAACAUUGACUUCGAUGCCGAAGAUGAGGACGAUGAGCCCAUCGCCAGGCCGCCGCAGCCGGCACAUGCGGCGGGAAGACGCUUGCGGCAGACUAGUGGUGUGAGUUUUAGCGAACCCGAAGGUUUAGCGAGGUUGGGACAGGUAGGCAGCGCUGGAGCGAGACGACCGCUUCCCGCCGCCCACGACGGCAGCGUGCCGCCUGUGCCGCUGCCGCCCAUACUCCGGCGGGUGGCGCCGCCCGCCGCCCACCCUCGGCGGAAUAUCACAGUCAUAGAAGAGAUGACGACCUCGGUGUAGCCCAGGCUCCCUGUUACGGUCCAAACCCCGUCGCCAGCACACAUGUGUCGCACGCAACACCCACGCACUCAACACCCACACACGCAACAUCUACACACGCAACGCCCACACACGCAACGCCCACACACGCAACACCCACGCACUCAACACACUCCAACGCACACAAGCUCCACGCAGCAGUCUUAUUGGGAUGAACAGUCGCCAGCCCACACCGGCAGUACUCAGCAUUCAUACUGUGAUGAACAGUCACCAACACACACCUGCAGUACUCAGCAUUUAUGCUGUGAUGAACAAUCACCAGCACACACCUGCAGUACUCUUCAUUCAUACUGUGAUGAACAGUCACCAGCACACACCUGCAGUACUCAUCAUUCAUGCUGUGAUGAACAAUCACCAGCCCACACCUGCAGUACUCAUCAUUCAUACUGUGAUGAACUUUCACCAGCACACACUUCCCACACCCAAGACUCCUACUGCGAUGAACACUCCCCAGAGCACACCCUUCAUGUUCAACAUUCUCCAUAUGAACGCUCACCAGCCCACAAAACAUUUCGUUCAUGCUGUGAUGAACACCCACACUGUGAUGAACAGUUACAGUCGGACGAAGAGACACACUGUAUCCUCCGUUCAUACUUUGUUCAUCACCCUCAGCGAGAUGAACAACAAGACUGUGCUGAACAACCCUGCACAAGUGAACAGUCACAGCUUAAAAAUAACGAAUAUGCUUGGGACGCUGACCAGUCAUAUUACACUAAAUAGGCCUACAGCACCCGACACACUGCAUAAUACAGCAAAUACAGCGAAAUACAUUAUACACACACGUGGCUACAGCUGCGGUCAUCUGUGAUAGCGACGGUGGGGAGGAGGAGAGGAAUUAUAGCAAAAUGUUAAUUCUUCACCAGCUAUAUUUAACCUUAUUCUAGCAAUCUAACCUAUAAUUGGUUGCUAAAUAGGGCCGUGACAGGGCGUUUGAUAAUAAUAUAUAACUAAGGCGUAUAAAUAGGGGGACUAAUUAGUCCCCAUCUUCCUUCAGAAUCUUAUGUGAACCUCAUGUGAGAAACUAUGUUAAUUUAACCCUCCUUAUUUUAACACUGUUAUUUUGAAGUUAUAGCAGAGAGGGUUAACAAUUUUACUGAAAAUGUUAAAUUUCGAUAAACAAAAAAGGAGCACUAUUAAUGCUCUGUAUUUUGAAACGUUGUGUAGAAGAGUGUGGGAGUCCUUGUCUUAGUGUGCUACGUUCUUCCACGUUUUCUCUAGGUCAGUAGUCUCGUGUCUGUCAAGGGGUAACUGUGGCUUUCUUAUCUGAUGAGAGGAGUUGAGUUCCUGUAGUUAAGUGUACUGUUUGUAAGGUACAGUCUGUAAUUAUUAAACCUUCGUCAUAGGUAAACCUGCAAUAAAUAAAAUUGUAAUUGUCAAAAACUUAUAUAUAAAAAAAACACAAAAAAAAAGAGUUCAUGGGGGUUAAUUCAUCUCUUGAUACUGUAUAUAAUUUGUAUAAUUAUCGCAUGUAAUUAUUAUUUAGUUUUUCUUUUGGAUGAGCAAGUAUAUUUAUAUAUUUGUCCAGUAGAAGCGCUCAUACUCGUGGCGUCACUGUGAUAUUGAAACAUACACAACAACAACAACAUGAGAGAAUAAAUCCCUUCACUUCUUGACGAGACUUAAGACAAAGUUGUUGGUUUUACACAAAUGUAAUUUUUGUAAACAUUUGUCCCUCCUGUCUUGUGUUGUCCUUCCUACCAACCGAUGCACCUGUCCACUUAAAAGUAACGUCGCUUUUGGCCGUUUACCAGUAUGGCCAAAAGUAGACGUAAUUUAAAAACGAAAAUAAAUUUGGGAUUUUUUUCAACAACAGUAAGUUAAGGGUCCUCUGAUAGGUUAGGUGGGCAGGACUUUCUCAUAAAGUUUCAAAACGUUAUAAA